ACAUUGACGAAGUCGAUCUAUUGGGUCCACAGUGGAUUAAGGCAAUCAACCAUGUGAGCGGGAUUUAAGCACCUUUCCCAUACUUGUUAUAUAUUAACAGCCGUAAGGCGCGAUCGAUCCGCUGCAACCUGGACGCAAAUCAGGCGAUGGACAGAAAUUCCGUAGAAGGCGGUGUUUUAGUUUUACAGUGACGUUUAAAGGCAGGUCUUGGUCAAACCUACCAAUGAUACAAGUCAGUUAUAUUCUGCUGGGAACGAUCGCAAUGCACGGGUGUCGGAGCUCUGCACGGCAAAGGAGCAACCACAGCGAGACGAGGCGAUCAAGGGGAUGCGGCAUCGGUGCGCGGGAGCUGUCCAUCAGCACCACGUCCCCGACGAAAAGCAAGCGAGCAGCGAGCAAAGCGGAGACCCAGUUGCGCCUGUUUUCAGCCUGCCGCCCCCGCCCUCUUCUCAGCACCGAGACCGCACAUCCUCCACCGCCGCUCACCGCCAGAGCCUCCAGGAGCUGCCGUGUCUGAGCCAGCCCUCUCGGCGACCCGUUCACAGCGGCGACCCUCUGGCGAGCUACGACACCGCCCAGCCGCCUUCGCGCCGAACCGGGGAACCAAGCAGCACCGGGAAGCCGGCGCACCUGCAGCAGGAUCCCUGGGCCCCGGCCGGCUCUCGGCGGCAGCAGCAACCGCCGCAGUUGGAGAAGCAGCCUGUUUUUCCGAGCUGCCACUGCAGUUUUUCGGAGCAGGAGGCGAGCCUCUCUCAAAACCGUAACCACCCUGACGAUCUUCUCCCACCACAGCCCUCCCCACCUUUUCCGCCGCCUAUACCGCCGCCACCGCCGUCGUCCUCCUCUUCCUCCCUGCAGUUUUCCCAGGAAUCUAAGAGGGGCGAUCGUCUCCGAAGGAGUGCCAAUAAUUGCCAACAGGCAAGCAUCGUGGAACGCUGCAGGGGAGGAGGAGGAGCAGGAGGGCACCGAGACCACAGGCAGUUGUUGCAGCAACAGCAUCAACAGCACAGUCAUUUAAGACUCCAACAGAGGGACCCCUCCCCUGAAAGAACCCAUGCAAACUUGCAGAAAGGGCGCUCUUUAAAUGUAUGCGAGUCAACCGAGGCUAACAGGAGAGCAUUCGAGCCUCGGACCCAGGACCUGCAGCAGCAACAGAUCCCACAACUACGAGCGCAGCAACAGCUACUGGUGGGGAGCAGCUUGCCUAUCAACUACUGCGCCAGUGGCUCAGGAGAGCUAUGUAGGACUCACCAGGCUCCACUGCUGCAACAGCAAGAGCAGCAGCAGCAGCAGCAGCAGCAGCAGCAGCGGCAAGGCGCACUGGGGCUCUGUCCCCAGCGUCCGCAGCACUGUGAAGACCGCAAUAAGUCUGGGUGGAUCACCGCGCAAGGCGAUCAGGCGCAGCCACACAGCCGCGACUCCCGCGUAACAACCCCGGCGACACAACAGGCAUACGCGGGGAACUCCUCCACGACCGGCAGCAACAGCAGCAAAGACAGCCCCAACUACGGCUCGAGCUAUCACCUGUGGCCGGAGAGCCCGCAUAAAGGAGAGGAGAGGAUACGCAUCGACCACCAUAAGGCCUCUACUGAGCAGAAGAAGCUGAGCCAUGCUGGAUCCAAGCCCUCCCUCUCCGAGAGCAGCGGCCGACUCCCUCAGAUAGCCAUGAACUCCUGCAAGUACAAUGGCGGCGUGGUGAGACCACUGGUGGGCAGCCUGGCGUCCUCGUCGCGCCGCAACCUCGCGGAGCUCGACUCGGAGACCCAGCCCUUGCAGACGCUGCACAGCUCUGGCCUGGAAGUGGUGGUGUCCAAGGGCAACGGCGGCGAAGACCCCAGCAAGGCGUCCAACGAGAGCUUGGUCAGGGAGGGCAGCGCGCGGGGCGGAGGCAGGGCACCGCAGAAGAAGAACAGGGACAUUGGCUACAGGCUCGGCCACCGCCGGGCGCUGUUUGAGAAGCGGAAGCGACUCAGCGACUACGCACUCAUCUUCGGGAUGUUUGGGAUUGUCGUCAUGGUGACAGAGACGGAGCUGUCAUGGGGGGUUUACACUAAGGAAUCUUCAUACUCAUUUGCACUGAAAUGCCUUAUCAGCCUUUCCACUGUUAUAUUGCUUGGUCUUAUAAUAAUGUACCAUGCCCGGGAAAUCCAGCUGUUUAUGGUCGACAAUGGUGCGGACGAUUGGAGGAUAGCCAUGACGUAUGAGCGGAUCUUCUUCAUCGUGCUGGAGCUGCUGGUUUGUGCCAUCCAUCCCAUCCCGGGCCAGUACGUCUUCACCUGGACGGCCCGGCUGGCCUUCACCUACACGCCGUCGGUGGCCGACGCCGACGUGGACAUCAUCCUCUCCAUCCCCAUGUUCCUGAGGCUCUACCUGAUAGGCAGGGUCAUGUUACUCCACAGCAAGCUGUUCACGGACGCUUCAUCUCGCAGCAUCGGCGCCCUCAACAAGAUCAACUUCAACACACGCUUCGUCAUGAAGACCCUCAUGACCAUCUGCCCGGGAACUGUUCUGCUGGUGUUCAGCAUAUCCUCCUGGAUCAUUGCUGCAUGGACUGUGCGCGUCUGUGAGAGGGAUACCAUGUAUCACGACAAACAGGAAGUGACCAGUAACUUCCUGGGAGCCAUGUGGCUCAUAUCGAUCACCUUCCUCUCCAUUGGUUAUGGGGACAUGGUGCCACACACGUACUGCGGGAAAGGCGUGUGUCUGCUUACAGGGAUUAUGGGAGCUGGUUGCACUGCACUGGUGGUUGCAGUGGUAGCCAGGAAGCUGGAGCUGACCAAGGCUGAGAAGCAUGUCCACAACUUCAUGAUGGACACACAACUCUGUAAACGAGUAAAGAACACAGCUGCCAAUGUACUCAGGGAAACAUGGCUCAUCUACAAACACACUAAGUUGGUCAAAAAGAUCGAUCACGCCAAGGUGCGGAAACACCAGCGCAAGUUUCUCCAAGCCAUUCACCAAGCUCAGAAACUGCGCAGUGUGAAGAUGGAGCAGAGGAAACUCAAUGAUCAGGCCAACACAUUGGUGGACCUGGCAAAGACCCAGAAUGUGAUGUAUGACCUCGUGUCAGAGCUGCAGGAGCGCAGUGAGGAGCUGGACAAGCGCAUCGGCACAUUGGAGGACAAGCUGGACUCGGUGACGGGCAGCCUGCAGGCGCUGCCCUGCCUCAUCUCCCAAGCCAUAACCCAGCAGCAGCAGGACUUUCUGGACGGCUUUGUUCACCGCUUUCGGCCCGCUUCACUAGCCUCUGAGCGCUCUGAGCGCUCCGAGCGAUCCUGGACUUCCACCGCCCGGAGGCGGCGCUCUCCCUCGACAGCACCACACACGUCCUCUGAUAGCGGAUAACCGUGACGAACCCACUGCAAUCGCAUUCCAGCCCCAACUUUCCCCAACGCAAAUCGUCACCUUGCUCCGUCCUAUCCAAGCGGUCCCUGUAACCACUGGCUAGUCCAUGUCUGGACUAAUAAUGAAUCCAUAUCUUGACCCCGGGGCUGAUCCUUACCCGUAUUCGCUCCUCUGUCAUCAAAUCCAAAAACCAAUUCCUGUGUGACUGAGCCUCACAGCACAGGACUGGAAUCAGAGCUUCUCAAAAAGAACAAAGAAAAGCGAACAGACAUAAACCAAGAAAACACAAAUGCAUACAAAAAAGUAAAAGAGAAAAACAAAUUUAAAUGACGGAAAAACCGAGAAAAAGUAGAGAUAUGGUUUAUGUUUUAGCCAUUGUAUGGCUGUUCAAGUUAGCUUUUUUGUAAAAGCCCUUGUAUAGUUAAAAAAAAGACUGAUUUUAGGGUCGCUGGGGUGAGAGCUGGCUAUCACACCGGAGAGUCCUUAACCACAAAGGGGGGAAGUCGGUCUGUGGAGCCUCGGGCUCACCUGCUGGUCCUCUGAGGGAGUGGAGGACACCCCUCCACCCGUCCUCCUGUCCUGUCCCCGUCUGUCUGGUGAGGAGAGCGGGCCGAACUAUUGCAUUUCCCUUCCAAAGGACUGGAGUCAUGGAUUGGAGUUGGGUGAAAGUUUUAGGCGAGGCUGCAAAAGCUCUGACUGGAGGUCAGUGUUUGAAAAAAGUAGAAACUGUCCCACAAAAGAAGAGCAAAGAGGAUGCAUAUGGCGUUACUACUGGGUAGAAAAAACUUACACAGUUGCCAACUUCAAGGUUUCCGCUUCCUUGUUCUUACCAGGGGAAAAUGAGAGGGACUAUCUUUUUUAGUUACAUAUUGACAUGUGAUUUUUCAGUGCCUGAAUGUAUAAAUAGUAGAGGGUUAUUUAAUUACUAAUUUCAGAGCUUUUUUACGAUGUUAACAGUCUGAAUACAGCAUUGCAUUCCUUUUUCAGAUACAUUCCUCUCCAAAAAUUUAAAGAAAAUGUCUUAAUGUAAUGCAUAACAUUGCCUCCAUCACACAGCAAAUCUAAAUGUUUUAAAAAUCUUUGAUUUCUUCUACUUCUACUAACACCGUGAGAAAUGAAACGGUUCUGAGGAUAAGCAACGGUGAGACAGAGAAUAUUUGUAAGUGUCUGUCAGAGAACGAGUUCACUUUUAGCUCAACGUUGCACACUCAUACACACGACAAUGAAACAUGUAGUCCUCUAUCUUUCUCACCACCACAAAUUAGAGCUUCCUGAGGUCUUCAGCGUGGCUUGAGGUCUGCUGGUAUGUAUGGCCACACAGGCACACGUCACUGGUCAAACUGAGAAGCCAACGCGGCCCUUUGCAUGGCUCUGUGCAGAAAUCACAACGGAACACAACCUUCCUCAGAUGGCUUUUUUUAAAUGAUUUACAUGAUUUUUAUUUUUGUCUUUUGCCUUUUUUUUCCCUUUCAUUUACUUCAAAAUUGUACCCGGAUAUCUUGGGUUUUUAUAGUUGCAGAACCUAGAGAGUGGCAGUAAUGUGAUUCUGUAAUGCAUUACCUGUUUUAAAUGUGAGAUGAAGAAAAAACGCUUCAACAAAAGGAUACAAAUAAAAGUGCUUAAGGAACUUUGCUCAAUGGGUUCCUCUAUAGAUUUAAAAAAUAUUUUGGGCAGUGCAAUUAUUAAGUCCAGCCAAGUGUUGGAUGAGAAGAUUGACACUACUUUUAUUUCUGUAUAGUAUAUGAAGCUACUACCAGCAACUAGAUAGCCUAGCUUAACAUUAAGACGGGAAACUUGUAAGCUUAGAUCCUUCUAAAACAUUAUUCCUUACCUUUUAUUUAAUCCGUAAAAACUGAAAUGCAAUCACUUCCUGGAGUUUCCCCUGGUCUCAUUUUGACAACACAACUCUAGGAAAUAGGGUUCCCGUAAAACCACAAAUAGUUGUUAAUGCACUUCUUUUGUACGGAUUAGACUUAAUUGAUUUAUAAGCUUAAUUUAUAAGCUUUGGUGCUUAUAAGUGGAUUUUUUUUUUUUACCUUUUGUACAUGCUAGCUGUUUUCAUACUUUUUGCUGUCUUUAUGUUAUGCUAAGCUAACCCGCUGCUAGCUAGCUAGCAAAAAGAGUGGUGUGCGUUGUCUCCUCCAACUCUAAGCAAGAAAGUGAAUAAGCAUAUUUCCCAAAAUGUCAAACCAUUCCGUUAACAUCGGCCUCUGUUUGGUUUCUCCAAGAGACAUAAUACAUGAUAUCACAAGAUAGAGAUAUUAAAACAUUUGAAAACCUCAAAAGCAUGGCGUUUGAAGCAUCCUAGAGUAGUGAAAAAUGUAGGAUCUUUGAAGUAAUUUCUUUCCAAGGUACAUAUUAGAAGUUUAUCAGGAAAUCAGCAGAUUAGCGGGCUAGCAUGCUGUCCUGAAGAAGUUUGAAUGGUAGAAAAGUCUCAAAAGAAUGUUUGAGGUAAAAGUCAUCUUCAUGGCCCCUUGAGAUAACUGACAAAUAGGAUCCGUAUUAUGUGAUACUUCUUAAUUGUUUCUGAGCUGCUUUUGCUUGAAUUGGGGCGAAGUCUGAGCCCUGUGAGACAGCGAGUGAGACGGCUCUCCCACAGGCUCUCCACUGACCAGAGAGCCCUUCAUUUGAGAACAUAUUCAGUUUGCUACGAGAGGAACUUAAUCAAGCAUGAGUAUUAGCUUUUUUCCUUUCGACUUGAGUUGAUGAAGCAUGACUCUUUACUGCCCCCACCUCCAGCCACUCCUCGUACAGUGCUGCGCUGCAUCCUCCCAGUAUGACGGGAUCUAUCACGCCAUUACAGUUAGUGUCAUCUAGCAAGUCACGGCGGCUCAUGGAAGACUAUCUGCUUGGUUAUGGCCUUACCUGCCUUUUGCAAACCAUGGUUUGCAUCUUCACAACGUGUCAUGUUAGAAACAUCAACCCCCCCCCACACACGCACACGCACACAGAGGCAAAUGGCCUGCAGCAAAGACCUUUGAGUGGUUUGAAUGGGAAAAAAAACAAACAGACAGACAGGAGAAAGCAGGGGAACCGCCAGUUCCUGUUCCGUAUUGCACGGCGUGUGUGGUAUCCAGUUACACAGAUGCUGAAGUGUCCUCCCCAGAGAGACGUGGAGGAGCUGGUGCUAAGGACUUCAUCCUUCACCAGGCAACAGGAGGAAGGUGAGACGAGAUUGAAAAAACAAGAAAUAAGAGACGAGCCAAAGCUAAUUUACUAACAUGUUCGUUUAGCACAAGAGAGUGGUUGUCCUGUUAAUAUGACCUCAUUGUAGAUGUCGCCAAGUGAACAGGACAACCAGUGAACCGCAGGUUAAAGUAGAUGGGUCCAAUGCACAGCAUGGUGCAAGUUUAGUAGAAAAGAAAAAAAACAGGAUACAAAAGAUUAUUUUAAUUUCACACUUUUUCUGAUGAUGGAGAUAUAAUCUGUUUAAAUCCUGUAAACGUUUGUUUUCUUCUUUAUUCCUUGUCACCAACAAAGUCCUGCCAAAACACCAUUCCAAUAUUUAAUAGGAACAUGAUUUUCUCCACCAGAAAAUAAAAAAUGCACAGCAUUUUGUAGUGAAGUGAGGGCCAUUCAUGAUGUUCUAAUGAUGGUAGAUGAGUCCAAGUGAUAAACGCAUCCCAAAGUCUUUUAUUAUCCUGAAAAGUAGACUUUCCUCAUAGAGCAGAAAUCAGAAUACAGUACUUCUACUUAACAAAAAACAGAGUGAAAAAAACCCAAAAGUGAAGAAAUGUAACCCAAUCAUUGUUCUGUGUACACUGCCACAUGAUGCAUAAUGUACGUAGUAGCACUGGAAUAAAUCAACUUUUAAUGGAUGGCAAAUGGGUUUAACAUGUUCUCUGUAAACUGUUUGCGGUUCCUUCAUUUUGCAGGUCAACUUUUGUCCGUGCAAGGAGAGACACCAACGUCAAAUCAUUAAAGACUUUCUUCAGCAAAGA